AUGCACUCCAAGUUGGAGGAGGCCUCUAACAGGCUGAAGGAGGAACAAGACCGCGGCAGGAAGUCGGCCGAGGAGCUCUGCAAGCUGCAACAACGCUUUGACAAUCUAUCUCUCGAUCUUCGCACCCCUAAGUCUUUUGCUAAGGACAACCCGAUUGUCAGGGCUUCGUACUCUGCUUGGUUAUUAGAUGCUUUGAAUUUGAAGAUUAAUGAAUGUUCUACCACUAAACCGUUCAACCCUUCUAGAACCUCUACGGCGAAGUCUACCAAGUGUUGGCCCUUUAUCGAUCCACGAGUUUCGUAUUUGAGGGCAAACUCCGAGAAUUUGAUCAAUCUAGCUAUAAUUCUUCCUGCCAAGUCAGGCUUUCUCAGGAUUUUGCCAUCAGAUGACGGGCUCGAGGAUCCAGACGGUUCCAACGACCCGAACGGGUUCGACGACCCGAGUGGCCCUGACGACUCGAUCAUUCCUGACGAUCCGAACGGGCCCGAGGAUCCAGUUGGACCCGACGAUCCAGACGGGUACGACGAUCCAGACGUGCACGAUGAUCCGAACGGGCCUGACGACCUGAACAAUCCAGAUGCGCUUGACGACUCAAAUGAUUCCGACGAUGCGGACGUGCCCAACGACUCGGACAGACCUGACGACACGGACGGACCCAACGAUCUAAACGGACAUCAUUACCCCAACGAGCCCUAUGACACAGACGAGACCGACGACUCAAACAGGCCCGACGAGCCCGACUAUCCAGACAGGCACGAUGACCCGAAUAGGCCGGACGUUAGGACAGGAUGA